AAUUGGCGAACGCUGCUUUUUUUUCUCUUCCAACAAGGCGCCCUCCUAUGAGUACUACAGAAUGGUGUAUAAGAAUCGAGCAUUCAGCGUUCCCGUUAUAAUGGAUUGGAUGCAUGCGAGCUUUGGAUGUGAGACAAUUGAUUCCCGAGCUAGGCUGGUGACUGUUCGUAGUUUACAGGAAAUGAGACAGAUUUCCGACUAUAUGCGAUAUCGGGCCCAUGUCCAAACUCAUUCUAUAUUCUGGAGUGGCGGCCAUAGGGGAAGGCUUUCCGAUCCGAAAGACGUUGAUCAUAAAACGCUGAACGAUUUUUACUGGCAUCAAGAUGCCCAUCCCAUGAACUUUACCAAUUUCGUUGCCACAAAACCACCAAAUCAGAAAUUCCAGAAUGGAUUUUGUGUCUAUCUAGAGUUCACGGGAGCGGAGUUGGUAAUGGGUGUGGAAAAAUGUGAAAGGAAAAUAGCAUUUGUGUGUGAACUAAACUGAGUAGUAAUCCAUAUUUAAUGUCCUCUUUAUAUUAUUCCAUCACUUAUGUGCUGAUGUGUUAUUUAUUCUUAAACUUCGUUCUUAUCUAUAUAUGUACAUUAGGGUGGUUUUUUUUUGUAUGAAAAAUUCUAAGGUCCUACUCUCACCCCCUUAUACUUUGCGCAUUGGUGCAUUUAAGACAUACCAAAAUAAAAAAGUUUAAAAAAAUGCGAUUUAGUGCUUGCGCAUUGACCUUUAAGUUUAUCACUCAUACGUACUGUUGCCCUUGAUCAAAAAUUUUAAUUUCAUAUAGGUGGCGUAGACUUGUCAUUACUUAUUGAGUCUAAACAUAAAGGUAACCUUGUCACCUUUACAAACGGGUAAAGAAAAAUAAAGUCGCACCACAGAAUCAAA